UAUUCCCCGCGAUAGGUUGUAGACACUCUAGUUCAUGUACAAGUUGAAACAUGCCCUCAAAAACAUUCAAAUGUGCUUGUGUUCUGUAUACUGGACAAUUUUAGCAGGAACACAACUUCGGUGUGAUAUCUACUAGUGAAGUACGGCACCAGGUGCACAUGGACAUGUUACAUCAGAUAUCAUGAUUACAGAAAAACAUGACGCCUAACAAUCGAGUUGUUGAAUCUCGGUUUUGUUAAGGUGGAUAUGAAGAGAGCACACAUACACAUGGCGCGUGAGGAUACGAACAGCCAGCUACAAUACGGGGAUUUUGAUUGAUUACGUUAUAAAUGAAAACAUUCAGUGUUGUGAGGUGCAGUGGGAAGCAUGCUGUUCUCACGAGGCAGAGAGGAUGGAAUACGGAACACCAAUUACAACAGAUGGCCUGCAACAACCGCGUCAUUUGGAGUUCGUCUGACCGUAUAAAAGAGAGCACGGAUACCAUGCAGUUCUGGGGAAGAGGACCAUACUGUAGCGACAUUGACUCGUAGUCGAUCCCGUGACAAAGAUUAUUCGGUCGUCAGCACCAGCUCCCAAAGAUCAAUAGCAGAGAGAAAAUACAUGCAGUACUGGUAGAUCUGAUCCCCCAAAACCGUAUGCUGGAUUAGCCAGCCAACCUCCACUCAAAGGAACAAGUUGUUUUUAUGCCAGAAAUGUUUGUGAGUGUAUUACAAACUUGAACCACAGGCAUUGAACGGACGAAACGCACUGAGGAUGAAAAGAACUAUUUUGUUCAAUCACGGACUGUUCAAUGUUUGACAGACAAAGUCAAACCAGAGUGUGUACCUCAAACGUGCGAUGUGUUGAAGGGACCUCCACGGAGAAAUGCUUCAAAAGAAUGUCAAAUAUCUAAUGAUAUUUGUAAUUUAGGGAAUUACUGAUGAACAAAACGAAGAGGUUGGGCUAAAUUUGCUGUAACUGCGCUUUAUUGAUUGUAGUGAUUUGAACCGAGGAAAAUCUCGGCAUUAUGAACUACCGAUACAGGAUUCCGUACCUAACAGAGUUGUGUGAUGAUGAAGGGUCAGUCUAUUUAGACUAGGUUCGGCGAUGACCAGUGGGCGAUGAUACUGUGGAUACGUUAUGCAGCCAGUGUCUUAUCUCUCGCUUUAGUAUAUGAAUUCAUCGUCUCAUCACCUACUACAGCGAGAAGACUAGAGAGCGAUCAAAUACAGACACAACAAAUACUGAACAAACAGCAUAUGGAAUCCAUUCUAACGAACAUUCCGGAGAAAAUAAACUUGUCUUUCCGGAAUUAUCUUCGAGGCCUGGAAAAUUGGACUCGGAGUCCUAUGAAGAUUGUACAAAAAUUAGAGCAACUUAUUCAGACUAGUACAGGGAGUAACAAGUAUCCACACUAUCCGUCUAUAGACAGUAACAAGUAUCCACACUAUCCGUCUAUAGACAGAAACCUCACCUCAAGCAGAACAGAUCAUCUGAUUGACAGAAUGAGUGUGUUACUUAGCGUUCUGCUUCGUGAACUUCACAGACAUGGGUCCAACAAGCAUACCACUAUACCGCAAUCUGACAUCAACAGAACCCAUCCGAGUGAGAAAUGCGAACGGACUAAACGCGAAUUGCCUUCAUAUCUAAAUAAUGGCACCUCUUUAAAACAUGCACAAACGGAUGAAUAUCAAAAUGCAUCACUUACUGAAAAACAAAACGUUUCUGGUCAGUUUGAUGACAACGAAAGAAUAACAAUACUGCCAUUGACUGAAUCCGUUGACGGAAAUGAAAGCACUUCAACGGCAACGAGUGAGGUUACCACUAAUCGAAGAAGAGUGAAAAUUGUCCGGAAGUCACGUCGUCGUGCAUACAGGUCACGAGUCAUCACUCCAAAACGUAAAAAGAAGCCAGAAUGCCAGACAAUACUAGCAUGCAUCCACCCCUACAUAUCGUACCUGGCAGGAACCAUUAUGUUCAUCCUCGUUGUGUACCUCAUCAUAGUGUUCGGUAAAUGUGUAUGUGACGACUCCUUCUAGAAUCCAUUAUGUAAUUUAGAUAUGCAAUGACAACAUGUAUCAACAAUUACGUAGAUGUAGACAUAAUCGAGUACGCCCGGCUAUAAUCUGGUAUCCUUCAUCAGUAUAUAUAUAUGACAGAAACCAUCGAGUUAUGACGAGUGAUGGACCGGAAGUACAUAAACUAGAGACAUCUACAAAGUAUACACACUUACAACAUAGCAAUAACGUAUAGUGUGUAUGUUUUUUUUAUACUCUUGCGUAAAUGAGAUAUAUGUAUUUUAUAUCUGAAAGUUAUGCAAAAACAAACAAAGUUGUAAUAGGUGAUUUCCGUGAUUUUUUGUGUGUCUGAUAAAUAAACUUUCGUAGGUGAACCGUAAUUGGUCAUGUUACUCGUGGUAACUGCUAUGUGUCUGUAGGUCAGCAAAUAAGUUUGUCAUAACGCUAUGAUUAAUUGAAAUAGCUUAGUAAUGACAUGUUAUUUUCAUGAAUGAUAUACUUCGCAAAUUGGUUAAGAUCUUAAUUUUUUUUUGUAUUGGUGACUCAUUAGCAAAUCAAACUUUUGCACGAAUAUUGAUUACAUAAACAGUAACAUCCGAUUAUCUCCAUCAUUAUUUCUAAAAAAAUCAGACUUGAUUUGUAGCAGGAAGUACCAUUAAUUUGCCAAACGUUCUUGAAUGUAUCCGGUAUUCUGACCGAAUGACACUUGUUUUUAUUUUUUAUGAACUAUUUUCGUCUAUACUCGGGGCACUCCUCAUAAUAAAACACUUCCAAUAGCCUAACCAGCAAUAUAGUCCUGAUAGAGUUUUGAUUAAAUGGCAAUGUUUUAAAACCCGGUGAAAGCCAACAUGUACAGGAAAUCAGUGACUGACGUAUUGUAUUCAAUAUCAUACGAAGGUAAAUUAAUUUAAAUUUUCAAUACAAAUUCUAAUUUGUGCUUAUAAUUACGAUAAAUCCUCGGUAAACCGUAAUGAAUUGUUUUAUAUACACUGAAUAAGGUCUGGACAUGUCGUGUGAUCCUGAUUAAUCACGUGACUAAAUACUAUGUUCGUAGUGUCACUCUCAAUACUUAAUUUUAGAAAAUGUGUUCAUUUCUCCUAUCCUAAUCUCAAUAAUAGUAAUGUUGUCCUCUUUUCUUAAAAUUAUGUAAACCGUAGAUCACUUUGUGCAUUUUCUUACUUUUUACACAGCGUAGCACUCUUACAUCUAAUCAAUAGAAUUAUUUGUGAACCUCCAAAAAACUAAGUUUGAAAGAUCGACGGGAACUUCGUUCUGUGCAACAGUUUAUUGGUACAUAUAGGACUCUUUCUCACAUUGGGUUUGCCAUGCUUUUCCUUCCUGACGAUACGUCUUUAGAUAUCGCCAUGAAUUAUAUCCUAUCAUUCUGGAGUAGACUGUUUUUAUAUUGUUUACUUCUGUCCGGGAUUGACAGUUUGUUGAUAAUUAAGACGACGCUUAUUGGCUUUGAUUGUCGGCAGACAGGCAGUGCUGAAUUAUCACCAGACACACAGAGAGAAAUAUGGAGUUGAUGAUCGCCGUACAGACAGUGCUGAAUUAUCACCAUACAAACAGAGAGAAAUAUGGAGUUGAUGAUCGCCGUACAGACAGUGCUGAAUUAUCACCAGACAAACAGAGAGAAAUAUGGAGUUGAUGAUCGAUGUACAGGCAGUGCUGAAUUAUCACCAGACAAACAGAGAGAAAUAUGGAGUGGAUGAUCAUUGUACAGACAGUGCUGAAUUAUCACCAGACAAACAGAGAGAAAUAUGGAGUGGAUGAUCAUUGUACAGGCAGUGCUGAAUUAUCACCAGACAAACAGAGAGAAAUAUGGAGUUGAUGAUCGAUGUACAGGCAGUGCUGAAUUAUCACCAGACAAACAGAGAGAAAUAUGGAGUGGAUGAUCAUUGUACAGACAGUGCUGAAUUAUCACCAGACAAACAGAGAGAAAUAUGGAGUGGAUGAUCAUUGUACAGGCAGUGCUGAAUUAUCACCAGACAAACAGAGAGAAAUAUGGAGUUGAUGAAUCACCAGACAAACAGAGAAAUAUGGAGUUGAUGAUCACUGUACAGGCAGUGCUGAAUUAUCACCAGACAAACAGAGAGAAAUAUGGAGUUGAUGAUCGCCGUACAGACAGUGCUGAAUUAUCACCAGACAAACAGAGAGAAAUAUGGAGUUGAUGAUCGCCGUACAGACAGUGCUGAAUUAUCACCAGACAAACAGAGAGAAAUAUGGAGUUGAUGAUCGCCGUACAGACAGUGCUGAAUUAUCACCAGACAAACAGAGAAAUAUGGAGUUGAUGAUCGAUGUACAGACAGGCAGUGCUGAAUUAUCACCAGACAAACAGAGAGAAAUAUGGAGUUGAUGAUCACUGUACAGGCAGUACUUAAUUAUCACCAGACAAACAGAGAGAAAUAUGGAGUUGAUGAUCGCCGUACAGACAGUGCUGAAUUAUCACCAGACAAACAGAGAGAAAUAUGGAGUUGAUGAUCGCCGUACAGACAGUGCUGAAUUAUCACCAGACAAACAGAGAGAAAUAUGGAGUUGAUGAUCGCCGUACAGACAGUGCUGAAUUAUCACCAGACAAACAGAGAAAUAUGGAGUUGAUGAUCGAUGUACAGACAGGCAGUGCUGAAUUAUCACCAGACAAACAGAGAGAAAUAUGGAGUUGAUGAUCACUGUACAGGCAGUACUUAAUUAUCACCAGACAAACAGAGAGAAAUACGGAGUUGAUGAAUCACCAGACAAACAGAGAGAAGUAUGGAGUUGAUGAUCACUGUACAGCUUCUUUAGUGUGAUUCAGGUUUAUCAUGAUAAAGGAAUAUAUAGUGUAUAACAUUGAAGUAACAAGCAGAGUUUGGUAGGUGCGGUUAUUAAUAUGGGACCAUAUUUAGAUAUUCCUGGCAAAACGAAAACAUUUAGAUAGGUAUUUUCCAGCUAUGAAAUACAGUAGAUGAAAAUGUGUUGUCAAUGAAUGUCUUUCAUAUUGUACAAAAUAGUUUAUAUAUGUUUAUACAUUAUGCAAAUACUGCAACGAUUGUUAAUACAGGAUAUAGAUAGCUUGUUUGACUCUGUUUUUGUAUGAACAGUGAAAUCCAAUGUAUAGAUUACGAUAGGGACAUAUCAGUAUAGAUUUGCUGUGCACAAUUUAUCUGAAUCAUGUGAUAAUAAAAUUUUGUAGAGUUCA